UGCUAAAGACCAUUUUUAAUCUGAACUGAACCACCCCUUUUGCUUCUUAGCCAAAUAACCAAAAUGGCCAGUUAGAACAAGAAUUUAGCAUCCUGCCAAAGAAGUUAACAGCUGAGAAGAAACAUUCUGAAAUGGAUCUCAAAUAUUUCGUCUUAAUUUUGUUUUGCGGACACCUGAAUGAUACAUUCUUCUCAGAGACAGAAGCAACUACAACAGAGAAGCAACCACAGUCUACUUCAUUUGGAUCACCAACGCCAUAUAACUCAGCUAAUUCUCAAAACACAACAGGGAAUCCGUUGGGUCAACCAACACAAUUCAAUAACGUUUCUUCUGAACAAGCAAUACCAACUACCAAAGUCGCUGCUGGACAACCCACACAAGCUGCCUAUGUCUCUUCUGGAAAACUGGCAGCACACACUUCUGCUGGACAACCACUUGCCUAUAACAUAACCAGACAACCAAUACCAACGGCCAACAUCUCCUCCCAACAAACAGCACGACCUGUGUUCACCUCUGUUAGACAACUACCACCAGCUACCCAUACUUCUACCAGACAAUCACCAACAUUUGCCUAUACUUCCACUCAACCACCAUCGUCUGUCCACACUUCUAGAAAACCAACAUCAACGAAUGUUCAUCAUCCACCCACAAAACAAACAACAACUGUCAAACAUCCACCUAGGGUUACACCAGGAUUCAUCAUAGAAACUACAAGUAAGAAAAAUACUCCACAUAAAACCAAUUCUAAUACAAUAGCUGCCAUAUUAAUUGGUGUAAUUCUGAUUUCUAUGUUGGUAACUAUAAUCAUGAUUGUACUAUGGAAGUGCUUGAGAAAACCAGUUAUAAGUGAUCAAAACUGGGCAGGUAGAUCUCCGUUUGCGGAUGGUGAAACCCCUGACAUAUGUAUAGAUAACAUUAGAGAAAAUGAAGUAUCCACAAAACGUUCAUCAAUUGUUUCAUUUAUGGCCUGGAAACCAAACAAAAGCACAGUUUUAGCAGAUGAUUUAGAAAUAAAGUUGUUUGAAUCAAGUGAAAACAAUGAAGAUUCUAACAACCUCCAAACAGAGAAAAUAAAAGAUCACGUAAAUGGUACAUCGGAGGAUAGUGCUGAUGGAUCAACAAUUGGUACUGCGGUUUCUUCUUCAGACGAUGCCGAGCUGCCUCCACCACCUCCUUCCCUUCUUGAUUUGGAAGGACGGGAAAGUAACCAAUCUGACAAACCUGGAAUGACAACUGCAUCUCCUCUUCCAAAAGAUUCCACCAAUCUCCCACCAUCUCUGAACAGUCUUAAUGAAGUCUGUGAAGAUCAUAAUUCUGAGUUCAAACAGUCAUUUCCACCUCCUCCUGAUUCACUUAAUUUGCCUCUGCCAUCAGGAGAUUUUAUGAAAAACCAGGAAGAUUACAACAAUGAGAUCCAGUGUCAAGAGUUCUCUAUUCCUCCUAACUCUGAUCAAGAUCUCAAUGAAUCCCUGCCACCUCCACCAGAAGAACUGUUAUAAAUAUUACAACUUGCUUUUUAGCUGAUUUUUUCAUCCUUCUUAAAGGAUUCCAUCUUUUGUUUUUCUUCAUGUGCUGAAAUAUAUUAAAUAGCAACUGGUAGUCAAUUUUGAUUUUUAUUCAGGGACUACCUGAAAUCUGCUCAAAGCCCAUGUGCAUAGGUGGAACUUAUUUUUUAAAAAUUAUAUAACAGUGAUCUAUUUACUGGCUAUAGUAUCUACCUUUACUGCAUAGUACAUUUUACAUAUGUGGAUGGUACAUAUGUCAAUAACAACCAUUUCUGAAACAAGUAGCCUACGUACACUUAACAUUACCUUAUGGAUUUUUUUUUUCUGAAAAGCUGUAUAUAAAGUUAUCUUGAAUAAAUAAAAUUUUAUUUUUCCAUUUCA